GAUUUAAUAAAAAAGGUGAAUGAAAAAAGGAAAGUGCUAAAAUUGAUAAAAAAUGAAGUUUAUUCCAUUGUGCUGCACUAUUUUGGAAUAGUUUUAGUCAUUUUUUAUGAACAACAACCAAUGAAAAUUUAGAUAUACAAUUAUCCUUAAUCAGCCAAUCAGAUUUAAGAAUUUUCUUUAAAAUAGCGCUUAGGUAUUCAGUUUAAAAUAUUAAUUAAAAUGGCUCCAUCAAAAUCACCAAAAGCAGAAGCAAAAAAAACAGUAAAGACUGUUAAAACAAAAAAAACAACAACAAAUGAUAAGAAGAAGGCAAGAAGAAGAUAAGAAACUUUUGCAUUAUAUAUCUAUAAAGUUUUAAGAUAAGUUCACCCAGAGAUUGGUGUUUCUAGAAAGGCUAUGAAUAUCAUGAAUUCAUUUAUUAAUGAUAUUUUUGAUAGAAUUGCACUUGAAGCUAGCAAAUUAGUCAGAUUUAAUAAGAGAAGAACCCUUAGUUCAAGAGAAAUCUAAACUGCUGUUAAAUUAUUACUUCCAGGAGAAUUGGCCCGACAUGCCAUUUCAGAAGGAACUAAAGCAGUCACAAAAUAUACAAGUGGAUGAUUUUUUAAUUUU